AGAUACAUGUCCCUUAAGAGAACAUGUACCUGAGUAAACGCACGUGUCCCUAAGACAAGAGAAUGUGUGUUUAAGGCAUAGGUGUGCCUCUAGGACAAACAGACAUGUGUGCCCCUCAGACAGACACGUGGGCCCAUCGUCAAAUGUGCGCCCCCAACCGGUGACCAUCCGCGCUACCGUUUGUCUGAGAGCGAGCCAACCCAAGCGAGCCCGGCCCCCGGCCCCAGGGCCACACCCCUCGGUCGGGCGCCCCGAACACGCACGCCCCCUGGUGGCCGCUCUCUGGAAUCUCCGCCAGAGCGCGCGCCCCGCCCACGAGCCCGUCCCGCCGCAGCGCCUGCGCACUCAAGGCCUUUUACGGCGCCGUAAAGCAACUCGGCCAAACCGACGGCAGCAGUAAGCUGCAGGUCGGCGGCAGCAUGGAGGCGCGCUUUACGCGCGGGAAGUCGGCGCUGCUGGAGCGCGCACUGGUGCGGCCCCGCACCGAGGUGAGCCUGAGCGCCUUCGCGCUGCUCUUCUCCGAGCUGGUGCAGCACUGCCAGAGCCGGGUCUUCUCAGUGGCCGAGCUGCAGGCGCGCCUGGCUGCCCUGGGCCGCCAGGUGGGCGCACGCGUUCUGGAUGCGCUGGUGGCUCGCGAAAAGGGUGCCCGGCGCGAAACCAAGGUGCUGGGUGCCCUGCUCUUCGUCAAGGGCGCGGUGUGGAAGGCGCUGUUCGGCAAGGAGGCCGACAAGCUGGAGCAGGCCAACGAUGACGCCCGCACCUUCUACAUCAUAGAGCGGGAACCGCUCAUCAACACCUACAUCUCUGUGCCCAAGGAGAACAGCACACUGAACUGUGCCAGCUUCACCGCGGGCAUCGUGGAGGCUGUGCUCACACACAGCGGCUUCCCUGCCAAGGUCACGGCGCACUGGCACAAGGGCACCACGCUCAUGAUCAAGUUUGAGGAGGCGGUCAUAGCCCGAGACCGGGCCCUGGAGGGCCGCUGACCCCCACGGGAGAUAAAGAAUGCAGAGAGUCGCCCCCUUC